AAAAGCAAUAAAAGAUGGCCUCCGCCACCAUGGACGAGAGGCUGAAAUGGCUGGAGACCCGCAUAAACUCCUCACUCCGUCCUAAAAAUGAAGAUGUUAAGAAUAUGUUCAUGAACGAUGAAAACAGGCUUGCCUUCCAUGAAUUUAUCAACAAUGAAGAUGUGAAGAGGUUAUUUGUAUUUGUGCGACCUCCACGUCAGAUUAUCGCCUCCCUCCUGCCCCCACAGACUAUGCACAACAAGUCCAUUUUCUUCCUCAAAGCAGAGGGAGCCAAGCUCACCAAGGACAACAUAAGUACAGAAGUGUCCUACCUGGACUGCUCCAGUCUGCCCCUAGAACACCUGGACAUGACCAUCAGAGAGGUCUACCUGCCCCUGCUGUGUGCUGAUCAGACCCAUGCCACGGCCAGUGGGGUCAGUGCGGACAAACUGAUGGACAUACUGCAUAGACUGAUGAAUGCUGUGGAGGUGUCACAGGGACACGUGGAUGGAAAAAUCGUCCUCCCUCUCCCGUCUAUUGAAGUUCUGGCUGAGGCAGCAGCUAACCCCACCCGUAGAGGGGCAGUGCUCCAUGUGUUAGAGUCCACUGUCAUAGGAUGGAUAAAACAGAUCAAGGGUGUGCUAAAACACGAUGCCAUAGGUGACCUGAACAGACAGUAUGGCAGCCAGCCAGGGCCACUGGACGAGGUGGACAUGUGGAAUAAAAGACUGGACAAACUGAAGUCCAUCAACGCCCAGCUGGACUCUCCUGUUGCCAUAGAUAUUCUUCUGAAUCUGGAGGAAGCAAACAGCACCUACGCACACUCAUUUCAUGGCGUCAGGAAGGAGAUUUCAAAGGCCCUGAUAGAUACAGAAGAAAAUUUGAUGUUUUUGAAGACAUUGACUCCAUGGUUUGAGGCUCUUCACGAGGCCGUGGACCCCAAGGAGAUGCUGAAGUUAUUCCCUCCCCUCAUCCACACCUUGAUGCUAGUGUGGCAGAAUUCAAGGUAUUACCAUGCAGAAGAUAAGUACCAUAAUAUGCUGAGAUUGAUCUCUAAUGAAGUAGUUCACAGAGCCAUGGCUAUGGUGGGAGCUGAUGUGCUACGGGAACCCUUGGAGUCGUAUUCCAAGCUUAAAGAAGCUCUACGUGUCUGUGCUGCCUACAGAGGAACUUAUCUUGACUACAAAGACAAAGCUGAUGAGAUUAACACCAGGAAUGUGGCUGAAAAUGCUGAGAAAAUGAUCAGACGGCCGACAGGAGAGAUCUGGACCACGAAGCUAUAUGGGCCGCAUGCAUACCAGCCCAAGUACGGACUGAGACGACAGGAGACGGAUGUCAGCACAGACGCCCCAGGAGAGGAGGAACUGUUCCUCAAUUCACCCUGGCCUCCUAGGAAUGCGCCCUGUUUUGACUUACUGAACAGCUUCAUGGAAAGAUGCAAUGAUGUCUUGGAACUUGUGCAAACCACCAGGCACUUUCGCCUCCUUGCUGAUGCUGCAGAGAUAGGGGGCGCUGGCAGUCACAGUCUUGAUGCCCUUGUGCGUGAGAUCCACUCAAACUACGCACGUGCGAUGGAUGAUUUCUUUGCACACGUCGGGAAUGUUCUGAGUGUGGAUGGGACGCAGGCGUUUGAGAAGGCUUUCUUCACAUUUAGGACCGUUGUCAAGGACUUAGAGAGAAAAAUAGCUGGUAUCCUGAGAAUGAGUUUUCAGCAGUGUCCUACCAUAGGGUCACAGCUGCGCCUCCUGGAGGUGUUUGAGGGAAUUAGCUCCAGGGAGCUGGUACAGGCCAACUUAAAGGAUAAGGACCAGCGUUUGGUACGAUCCUUCACAGAGGAAUUAAUCCAAGUGCGGACUUUGUUUCAACUGAAUGAGCGCAAGGCCCCGUUACACAAGAACUUCCCGCCUGUCGUCAGUAAGCUGUUGUGGGUCUAUGGGCUGAAGCAGAGGAUACAGGAUCCAAUGGACAAAAUGAAGCGUGUCAGCCCCCAUUCUCUGCAGGGAGACGCAGGUUGGCAGCUAAGGGAUGCCUUUUCCGAGGCCAUGGGGGACCUUCAAAGGUUUGAGACGAAGAUUGUUAAGGACUGGCAGGAAAACAUUGCUGCAGAAUUGACAGCAAGACUUAAACAGCCUCUCUUGGUAGCAGAAGAAUACGAUGAAGAAACAGAAAUCCGUCCCCAAGUUGUCCAUGUUAACCUUGACCCCAAACUGCUUCUGCUGCUGCGCGAGAUUCAUUACCUAUCCCAAGAGCCUUUUCAUCUGAAACUGCCUGCUCCGGCACGGGAACUUCUCAGGAAUACCAACUCGAAGGAGCUCCGCGUGAUUGCCACCAGACUGGAGACCAUUGUGUCCAACUACAACACCGUCAUGAAAAAUAUCACAGACUUUGAGAAGCCAUUGUUUGAGAGGAAACUGGCCAAGAUUGACAGUUUAUUUGAACAGGGUCUCUACCAUUAUACCUGGAAGACAGAGGAAUCAGCAGACUUCAUAGAGCAAGCCACAGCUCUGGUCUGCAUGGACGUCCACCAGAACCUGGACAUUGUCCAGACAAAUUGCCACGAUAUCGCCACCAUCACGAGUUCUUGGUCGCAAGGUGUUGUGGAUGUGUUUGGAUCACGUGAUCCUGCGCGGAGUUAUCACAUGCAUGAGCUGAUUAGCAUGCAGAAUAAACUCAUUGAAGACUUUGAGAGCCAUGUCACCCCAGGAGGAAACAGAGUUCACAGUUUGCUGGAAUCCUCAUUUGUGGCUGUAGAGAUCAGUCAGGCGUCCCCAGCCUGGGAGGACUAUGUUGACUAUAUAGAUGCUAUAGUCCUAGAUGGUCUGAAGCAGUCCACCCUGACCAGUCUACGCUCCAUGCUGAAUACCAUUGUACAGGCCAAUUUGUGUGAGGGAGAUGACAUUGUGAUCCCCAUUCUGACCAUCAGGCUAGAGUUAAUAGAUAAUGCAGUGGCCUACAAACCUCCUCUUGACCAAACCACCUCUGAUAUCAGUGUACAGGAAACAGUGGAGAAGUGGUUGAAUAGUUUCCUGGAGAGAGGCAAACUGGUGACCAUGAUGGGACCCAAGGGCACCUAUCAGGAUUAUAUAGAGGCUGAUGUGGAGGUCCAACAACUGGUGGAUGAAAUUAUCAAGGUCGUCAAGGACAAUGCUGAGGAGUGCAAGAAAUUAUACGAGCUAUUUCAAGAAUAUGAAUUCCUGUGGAUCCAAGAUGUGAACCAGACAUUCCAAGAUUUCUUGAGUGGAAAAAUGUCACCCAAUCCGCUGAGAACAUCUGCCAAAACUGAGGCAGCACGGCUCCGUGAUGUGGCCAGCGCGAGGUCCAGUGCCUCAAGAGUGUCGUCAGCUAAGAGCAGCAUUGAGGAGGCAGGUUUGAUGGGCACAGCAGAGAAGACCUUCCUCACUCCCAAACAGACGCGAGAAUCUGAUCGCAAAGUGCCCUCUAUUGAUGAGUUUGAUUCUGAGAUAGAUAUUUAUAGGCGUGCGCGGGACGAGAUCAGCGAGCUCCAGGGUCACCAGGAUGUGGGCUGGCUGAGGGUGGACCUGAAGCCCAUCAAACAAGUCCUGACCACCUACGCCAGUAAGUGGAUGUGGACCUUCACAAAGUACCUGUCUGAUCAGGUGACCAACAUGUUAGAAGGACUAGACCAGUUCCUGAGGAGAACAGAGCCAGAGAUUGAGAGUAUCACUGGAGAGGAGAGAGAUACCGCCUCCUUCAUGAAGAUGAUGAGAUUAUUCAACGAGGUAUCAGCCCAGCAGCAGGAAAUGGACGGGAAGUUUGCCGCCAUGCACAGGACAGUUCUUCUGUUGAAGAAAUAUGGCCAGAAGCUGCCUGAGUCCACCCAGCUUCUGUUCAAUGCCGCCCCUGGCAGGUGGAACAACCUCAAGACUAAGGUGUCCCUGGCCAAACAGAGACUGGGUCCCAGGAUUCAAGAGGAGUCAGAGAGGAUCACCAAGGACCUUGCUGCAUUUGGAGAGCGAGUAAUGAUGUUGAACGGAGAGCUGGAGAGUUCUGAUGUCUACCAGCGAGACUGCAGUAUAGGGGAUGCCUGGACCAUCAUAGACAACUUUGUCAAGAGGCUCACUGUACUGGAGAAUGAGGCACAGGAUCUCAUUGAGUUACAAGACUUGCUAGAGACAUCAGUGGUCAACUUCUCAGUUCUUCCUCAGUGUCGACAUGAACUCAAUAAUCUCAAACAUGUCUGGGAGACUGUCAGAAUCAUAGAUGAGCAGCAGAGUGACUGGAAGCGUCACAGAUGGCAGAAGAUGAACACAAAGUUCCUGAGAGAGGAGACAGGCAAACAGAUUGAGGUGGUCCGUGCCCUGCCUGAGGACAUACAGCCCUGGGAUGUGUUCAUGGGACUCCAUGAGAGCAUCACCACCAUACAGGCAUGUUUGCCUCUGAUAGAUGACCUCAGUAACCCCGCCAUGAGGACGCGGCACUGGAAACAGCUGGUCCGCGUCACGGGAGGCGCCAUUGCCAUUGACAAUGACACACUGAAGAGAAUGACACUAGGAGAACUGCUGGGACUGGGCUUACAGAAGCAUGUUGAUGAUGUCCGUGCCAUAGUCCAGAGAGCAGUGAAGGAUCUCAGCAUAGAGCAGUCCCUGAAGACAUAUGAGGAGGUGUGGCUUAGCAAGCUGUUUGAACUGCGGGCACAUGUUCGUAACAAGACAGCAAGUGCAGGGCAGGGGCAGGAGAAAGCUGAGGACAACCACAGUGAGACUGCGUCGCAGGCUGAGACUGGCUCCCAGGCGCAGGGUCCCACCACCCUGGCCAGUAGAGGGCAGCAGGUGAGGGCCAACAGUAGGAUCUCCAACCCCAGUACCUAUGGAAAGAACAGAAGAGCAAGUGUUGGCUCGUUGCCAGCAUCCUUGGUCAAUUUGGGAGAGGACACGGGUGUGCUUUACCUCCUCACCAACACUGAUCCUAUAUUUGAGGAGCUGGAGGUUCACCAGGUGGCGCUGCAGACUAUGCAGGGGAGCAGCGCGGCCGGCUCCUUCCUGGACGAGGUGAUGAAGUGGCAGAAACGCCUGCAGACCAUCGAGGCGGUGCUGACCACGUGGCUGGAAGUGCAGGAGAAAUGGGUGGAAUUAGAGGAGAUCUACUCAGGAGCUGAUAUCAAGACCACUCUGUCCAAUGAUGCCUCUAUGUUCUCAAUAACAGACAGAGAUUUCAGACUGUUGAUGAGAGCCACUGAGAAAAACCCUAAUGUACUGCAGUGCAGCUCUAGGAAAAAUAUCCUGAGCAUCUUAGAGAGAAUGAAUGGCAGUUUGGAGCACUGCAGGCGCUCUCUUCUUAACCACUUGGAAAGGAGACGGCAGAAAUUUCCAAGAUUCUACUUCCUGUCCAUGGAAGACGUCUUACACAUUGUCUGCAAUGGUUAUGACAUUAACCAGGUGAACCUGUAUAUCAACAAGUUGUUUGAGAAUGUGGGCAGUCUGAUGUUUGAGGAGGUGGAGGACAAUGAAAAGUACAACUUCCAGAUCAUUGGACUGCAGAGUCUUCUGGGAGAGAAGUUGCCAUUUAAACAGCCCAUCCAUUGUGAAGGUCAGAUAGAGAGCUGGCUGCCCAGCUUCCUGCAGGCCAUCAAGACAGCCCUCCAGUACCAGAUGGCACUGGCAACAGGGGUGGAAAAACCUCCCAAGGUGCGGGAGAUACACAGCGCUGGAGCCAGGAGGGUCACUCUCCCGUCCAGAGAUAAGGGGUCCAGAGGGAAAGAAAAGCCCCCAAGCAGAAGCAACAGCCGCCAAGCCAGUCGCCAGGACAGUAAACAUGGCACCAGACAGCACGAGGAGCACCAUCACCACCGUGACAAUCACCAUGGUGACCAGCACCACCAUGAGGGUGCCCACUCCCGGAUCCUGGAUCACGUGGCUGAGGUGGUGCACCUGCUAACACAAACACAGCUUACUCAGCAGGUAGAGGAGGCUCUGAAGGGGUUUGAUGGAGGAAAUAAACAGGCACUGCAGGUGAGAUGGCUGCUAGAUUGA